CGGUCCGUUGGUGCAGUUCACGUGUCGUUGCCUCCGUCUCUUCUCCCGUCCGUCCGGUCGCCGUCGCCGCAGUCUUCCUUCCACACAUUUGGCGGCCACAUGCGCCGCGGUUGCCCGGUACGCGAGACCCUCGAAAACACCGUCGCCUUAUACUGUUAUAAUUAUUAUAUUUAUCUAUCUUCUCUCAGUUGUGUGUGUGUCCUUACGACUGAGAAAAAUAAUAUUUUUUUUUCGUCGGUCGGUGCGCGACCAACGACGAAACGAAACGAUGCGGUUUUCGCGGUGACCGUGUAGUGUGUGUGUAAAAAGUUUUGGGUGUUUUAAUUAAGUAAUUUUUUUUUAAUCUGUUUUUACCGCACCCCGUCGAGAUGAAGACGUACCGUGGAUCGCCGCUUCUGCUGCCCGUGCUUUUGCUACUGUCGGCCGCGGUCGCCGAGCCCGAAAUUCCGCCGGCAAAGGCCGAACCCAUCGACAACACCGGCCGCAAUCACUGCUACGACGAGCGCAACAACCCACAGAGAUGUAUUCCGGGGUUUGAAAAUGCCGCUUUCGGUCUAAGAGUGGAGGCGACCAACACGUGCGGCCAAAACGGUCCCACAGAGUUUUGCGUGCAGUCCGGCAGUCAAGUGACCAAGAAGACCUGUGACGUGUGCACCCCAUCGUCGCAUUCGCCCUAUUACAUGACUGACUUCAGCAGUUACGCCAACCGAACGUGGUGGCAGUCGGAGACCAUGUACGAGAGCGUCCAAUACCCCAACCAGGUCAACCUCACCUUGCACUUUGGCAAGGCGUUCGACAUAACGUACAUUCGGCUGUUGUUCUAUUCGCCGAGACCGGAAAGUUUUGCUGUUUACAAAAAGAGCACAGAAGACGGCCCGUGGAUCCCGUAUCAGUUCUACAGUGGAAGUUGCAGAGACACGUACGGACUUCCGGACUUGAACUACAUUAGACUAGGCGAACAGGAGACCAGAGCUUUCUGUACUUCAGAGUUUUCUGAUAUAUCUCCAUUGACCGGAGGCAGCGUGCCGUUUUCCACUCUAGAAGGUAGACCGUCGGCCAAGUUUUACGAUUCGAAAUCAGAAUUUUGGGACUGGGUAACCGCCACUGAUAUUCGGAUAACGUUAGAUCGUCUGAACACUUUCGGCGAUGAAGUCUUUGGAGAUCCUCAAGUAUUAAAAUCGUACUUCUACGCUAUUGCCGAUUUUGCAGUUGGAGCCAGAUGCAAGUGCAACGGUCAUGCCAGCGAGUGUGUCAACAGCACCGGGAUCGACGGGUCUUCCAGAAGGGUGUGCCGGUGCGAGCACAACACGGCCGGACCGGAUUGCAACGAAUGUCUUCCGUUCUACAACGAUGCCCCGUGGAGUCGAGCAACCGCAUCGAACGCACACGAGUGUAAAGAGUGCAACUGCAACGGAUUUUCGCACAGAUGUUUCUUCGACAAAGACCUGUACGACCGGACCGGGCACGGCGGACACUGUCUGGAUUGUGCCGGCAACCGAGACGGGUCUAACUGCGAGAGAUGCCGUGAGAACUACUUCCAGAGAAAAGGAGAAAUAUACUGUACGGCUUGCGAGUGUAACGAAAUUGGGUCUUGGAGUUUGCAGUGUAACUCCGAAGGCAAAUGUCAGUGCCGUCCCGGUGUUACCGGUGACAAGUGCGACAGAUGCGAAGAAAAUUAUUUCGAUUUCGGACCAACAGGAUGCAAAGCUUGUGGGUGUAACGUUGCCGGGAGUUUAGACAAUCAACCGCGGUGUAAUCCCGAGACCGGCCACUGUAUUUGCAAAGAAAACGUCGAGGGCAUUCAGUGUAACAGAUGCAAACCCAGCUUCUUUAACUUAGACGAGGACAACGAAUUUGGAUGCACGCCUUGCUUCUGUUACGGGCAUUCGUCAGUGUGUCAGUCGGCUUCGGGUUACUCGAAAGUGUCGGUCGAAAGCGUGUUUGCUCGGGGAAGCGAACGUUGGAACGGAUCAGAUGUCUAUGGAAGAACAAUACUGCCAGUCCAUAGUCCGUUCAAACAGUCUUUGGAAAUUUCGUCCCCGUCCAGAGAACCCGUGUACUUCUUAGCUCCUGAUAAAUUCCUCGGAGACCAACGAUCGAGUUACAAUCACGAUUUGACUUUUAAGCUGAGCAUAGGCGAAAAUAGUCCCGAACCGACGGUAAACGAUGUCGUUUUGGAAGGAGGUUCCGGUAUUCGCAUUACCCAAACGAUUUUCGGACAAGGAAAUCCACUGCCUUCUGAUACGCCAAAAAUGUUCAAAUUCCGCUUGCACGAAAGCCCGGACUAUGGUUGGCAGCCAAGAUUAUCGACUCGCGAAUUCUUCAACGUCUUGUCCAACUUGACGGCAGUAAAAGUUCGUGGAACGUUCACAGAAAGAGGUGUUGGAUUUUUGGAUGAUUUUUCACUCCAAACCGCACGCAGAGGCGCACCGGGAUUGCCAGCUCACUGGGUGGAAAUGUGCACUUGUCCCGAAGGAUAUAUUGGACAGUUCUGCGAAUCUUGUGCGCCGGGUUCAAGACACGAACCCACGAGCGGCGGACCUUUCUCUCCUUGUGUUCCUUGUAACUGCCACGGACAUGCCUCGAUUUGCGACGCCGAUACAGGUCGGUGUAUUUGCCAGCACAACACUGCAGGUGAGAAUUGUGAUCGAUGUGCAAAGGGAUACUACGGCAAUGCGUUGCAAGGAACCGCUUACGACUGCAAACUGUGUCCGUGUCCUAACCAAGGAAGUUGUGUCCUGAUUGGAGAAGAUACGGUUAUUUGCUUGGAAUGUCCAAAAGGAUACGGAGGCCCGAGAUGUGAUAUUUGUAGCGACGGAUAUUUCGGCGAUCCAACCGGUAAAAAUGGUCUAGUCAGCAUUUGUAAGCCAUGCGAUUGCAACUCAAACGUCGAUCCAAAUGGUAUUGGAAACUGCAACAGGACAACGGGAGAAUGUCUGAAAUGUAUUUACAACACUGGAGGACAGCAGUGCGACCAAUGUUUACCAGGUUUCUUUGGAGAUGCCCUUGCUCCGACUAAAGGAGAUUGUAAGCCCUGUGAUUGCUACCAUCUGGGAACUACUGAAACUGGUUUUGGACCUUUGGCGUGUGAUCAGUUGACCGGACAAUGUCAGUGUAAGCCACACGUAGUAGGUGUGAAUUGCGACCAAUGCGAAGUCGGUCAUUUUAACAUUAUUAGCGGAGACGGUUGUCAAUCUUGCGAAUGUGAUCCAAUCGGUUCUCUGAACAACACAUGUGACGCUAUCACCGGUCAAUGUGUUUGCCGCCCGGGUAUAACCGGCAAGAAGUGUGACGGAUGUGAACCUUUCCACUAUGGAUACUCCACUGAAGGGUGUAAGCCCUGUGCUUGUGACUCGAUAGGUUCAGUUUCGCUUCAAUGUGACGCUAGUGGACAGUGUCCGUGUUUGGAAAACGUAGAAGGCAGACGUUGUGAUCAAUGUAAGGAAAACAAGUACGACAGACAAAGAGGUUGCGUAGACUGCCCGGCGUGCUAUAACUUGGUGCAAGACGCCGUCGAAGAACAUCGCAACAAUUUAAAAAAAUUAGAAAAAGUAUUGAAAGACAUCAACAACAGCCCGACUGUCAUCAACGAUUCGGAAUUCGAACAAAAGUUAAGAGAAGUACAGUCACAAGUAGACGAAUUGGAAAAGAAUGCCAAAUCGUCUGGUGGCGGAAACAUCUCUACCAGUGACAAGAUACAAUCCUUGCAAGGUCAAAUCAAAGAAAUCAAGGAACUUAUGGCUCAGACUAGUAAUUGGACGUCUAUCGCGGAAAGAAACGCGAUGGAAGCCGAAAAAAAUGUAACCGAAGUCGAGCGAAUAAACGAGGAAACUACCGACACGUUGAAAAGAGCAAUGGACUACAUACAGACUGAAGGAGCCACUGCGCUUGCUAAAGCGAUAGUUAAAAGCGACGAACUCGGUCAGCAGAGCGAUCAAAUGUCUGAAAUCGCCAGAGAAGCCAGGACAUUCGUGCAAUUGAAAGAAGACGAAGCCAGAAAAAUGAGAGAUACUGCUGAAAAGGCCAUUAACGUUUCAGCAUUAGCGUUUGAAAUCACCAAAGAUGCUGUGAAUCAACAAAAAAAUAUAAGCGAUGAAUUGAAGACGUUAGACACCGAAAUGAAUUUCGUCAAAGACAAAUUGAACGCUAUUGUAGAACAAGCUAACGAGACCAAAGAUUUAGUCGCGAUGAUCAAUAACGACUCGUUGGCAAUUUAUAGUGAUAUAUACGCAAUCAACUUGCCCGAUAUCAACGCUACGGCGAUGAAGCAGAACGCUUCGGCUUUGAAUUUAGAGAUACAACAAAUUAAAGACGAAAUCAAAAGGCUGCAGGAGAGCAACUCUAACCUUUUGAUGGAGGUAGCCGAAGAACUGCAGCAGUCGGACGUGACUUUGCAACAAGGAGAAAUGCAAAAAAAGACCAGAGAAAACUAUUUGGCACAGGCGAACGCGUCCUACGAGAAAGCCACCCAAGCAGUGAAGUUGGGAGCCAAGACUCUGGAGGAAGCUCAACAAACGUUGUACACUCUACAGGCUUUUGACAAACAAGUGCAGGAUAGCAAGACGAGCGCGACCGAAGCUUUGGAGCAAGUUCCGGAAAUAAAAAAGUUGAUCGAAGAAGCCAACGACAAGACAACGCGUGCCCAGCGGGCUCUGACCGGGGCAGAGAAUAGUGCCAUUAAUGCGAGAAACCUGGCGCAACAAGCGCAAACGACAUUCGCCGAGCAAGCGUCAAUGGAAGCCGAGAAAAUUAAAAAAUCCGCUACGGAAACCGUCGCCGAGGUGCGCAAUCUGUUGGACGAGAGCGACGGGCUAUCGAAACGCGUUGGACACACCGGAGGCCGGUUGAGAGAAGUGGAAAGUCAAUUCGAACAAGACCAAGAGAGUAUCAACGACGCGAAGAAAAAAAUCGGCCAAGCGAAAACAUCGGCGUCCGAUGCCAAGAAGACGGUGAACAAAGCUCGGGAAGACGUCGAUGCAAUUUUGAAAGAACUCAAGGAUUUAGUGGAUGUCGACAGUGAAAAGUUGAACCAACUGAGCUCCCGGUUGGAAGCCGCCGAACAGGAGUUGACCAACGCCAAGUUGGACGAAAAACUGGUCGCCAUCAACGAGGCGAGGAUAUCUCAGGCCCAGCUGAUCAAGAACUACGAAGAAGAGAUUGCGGCUCUUGCCAGCGACGUCGACAACAUCGACGCAAUAAGAAAAGCACUGCCAGUGGGUUGCUUUAAGAGACCUCACUUGGAAUUGCGUUAAGAAUAUUGACUACGCCCUCUGGGGACUACAACAUUGUGUUUUACCAUUUACUAUUGUUAAUAUUACGUUUAAUACUAAUAAGUCACUUGUAUGUGUUCAUAAAUGGUCAUAACGAAUAAUUUAUUUUUAUAAAGUCAAUUUUUAUCUUAAGUAUGUAUCAUUUUUUCGGCAAAAUAUUAGAUUUACAACGAUAGUUACUGUGUUUCGUUAGCAAACAAGUUAGUAAUUACCUUUUUUUCUUAAAAAAUAAUUUCUUACAUACUACACGCCCAUUAAAAUGUGCUUGAUUUUCUGUUUUUUUUUCUGUUUGUAUAUUAGUCGAUAUCCUAUAAAUGUUAUUAUAAUAAGAAUGUACCUAUUUGAAAGACUUAAAUAUCAAUUAUUUUGUUUUGAGUAUACUUAGAUAAUAUUAUAAUGAUAACUAUAUAUUUUUAUAAUUACAUUAGUUUACGUUUAUAUGCCAAAGACCCAAUUUAUUUUAUUUAUUAUUAUUCUAAAAGUGCCU